AUGAGUAUAAUCGUACAAGAUGCGAAUUUAUCAAUUUGCCUUUGGAUUUUAGUAUCAAUUGCCAUUGUUAUUGCUUUAUUAUUAUUAUCAGUGGAAAAAUUGAAAAAAUUAGAGGGAAAAAUAAAUUCGAAAUAUGCCAAAUUUGAAAUAACGCAAGAGAAAUUAGAAGAAACUAAAAGAUCCAUAUCGGAAUUGGAAAUAACGAGCGAAGAAGUACAAUCGAAAUAUCAAGAAUUAUUGAAACAAUUAAAAAUGGAAUUGGCUAAAACGGAAAAAGAAUGUCAAAAUAUACACAAUCAAAUAGAAAAAAUCACGUCGAAAAGGGAUAAAUUAAAACAAGAAUUGAACGAGACGAAAUUGAAAUCCCAAGAAAAUCAUUUAUGA